AUGCGCCACAUUGUUCUCCUGGGCAGCUCACAGACACAAGAGGGAUAUUUGUCUGGCUGGGUGUCACGCCUCAGCAACUGCUAUGUUCGUCGUGCAGAUGUUGUGAAUCGUGGGCUGAGUGGAUACAACUCACGAUGGAUACUGGACAUACUGGCAGACGAUACAAGGCGACAGCAUUUGCUGCCGUUACAAAUUGGCCGGCCGCUGUUUAUUACACUGAUGGUGGGGUCCAAUGACGCUGCAGAAACUGCUCAUAAUGUACCACUGCAGGAGUUUAAGGGGAAUCUGAGGAGGAUUAUCCACUUGGUGCGCGAACACGCAGCUCCUGUGGGUGGUAUUUUUCUUCUUACACCUCCACCCAUUGACGAGGAGGCGCGACUCAAGCGGAUACAAGGGUAUCGACCUGCGGCUACUGUAUCGGAUCGCAGCCUUGAAACUAUUCGACAAUACCGCAAUGCUGUAAUUCAAGUGGGGUCGGAGGAAGAGGCGACGUACGGGGAUGUCACUGUUGUUGAUUUGUUUCCGGUGUUUCUUGGCAAUUGUGCGGAUACAAUGCCGUACUCGAAGGGUCCGUGGUGUGACUACUUCUCCGAUGGCCUUCAUUUUAACGAGGCUGGUGGUAAACUGGUGUUUGAGGCACUGUGGGAUGCCAUCGGGAAGUCUCCGAAAGCCAAGGAUAUUCUGCCGGAUGGAAUGCCGUUUGUAGUGCCAUCGCAUGAAACCCUGUGGGUAAGGGAGUAG